AUGAUUUUUGAUCCAUCAACGACCCCCCAACUCAAACCAUGGCUGGUCAGAACCCUAGAGCCCAUAUGUGAUGCAGAACCGGGCGCGUUGGCAGACUAUAUAUUGGCGUUACUAAAGCACAAUGUCGCUGAAAGUGAAAUGCGAAAGGAACUAUCAGUCCAACUGGAGGAGUUCCUCGAAAAAGAAUGCCCUUCAUUUAUCGAUACAUUAUUCACCGUUCUCAGAACUAAAUCAUAUCUUCCUUAUGCUACCACGUCAACCCCAAUAUUCCCGACUACCACACCCAGCGUCGACAACGGAAUCCCCAUACCGUUGGAUGGUCUGAUUUCGCCCUCUAUACCGACACAAUCCGAACGAACACGAAAACGAAGCAUGGAACACGAUGAACACGACGGGCGACCACCCUCUAAAGGCCCAAGGCUGAGUGGGGACGGCCAAUCACGCUACAUGAAUGGUAGAGGGGACGGGCGUGGUUGGCAGGGCAGAGGGGAUGGGCCGGUAAAUGAAGGGCACAUUGGGACAGGGAUGAUGGGCAUGGGCAUGGAUAUGGACGGAGCUGGAGGCAUGGCGUACAUGAACGGACGUCGCUCUCAAGCGUAUCGACCUCCCGAUCUGCGGCGGGGCGUAUGCAGAGACUAUCACAACAACGGAUAUUGCGCGAGAGGCGCACUCUGCAAAUAUAGCCAUGGUGACGAUGCUGUCGUUCCGGGUCAAUUUUUUCCGAUGAAUGGCGGACCCAUGGCAGGAAUGCCAUUUAUGCCUAUGUUUCCCGGUAUGCAGUUUGACAUGGGUGGAGGUACAUAUGACCCCAAUCAAGCCCGUAUGGAUAUGCGGCCGCCAGUGAACGGUAGUCGACAUAUGCGCGCACCGCUGCUUCCUCGGAUACAACAAGAAGAUGGGAAGGUUGUGCAUCCAGUGCAGGCCACAGGCGAAUUACCCGUCAUCCAAGACCUCACUCCUCAAAUUCCCCAAACCGAGUCGACAACAACACCCACUGAGUCAGAUAAUGCACCGCGGCCAAUACAGUCUCAUGCUCCUCCCUUCCGCCAGAACGGCACUCCCGAUACCUUCGCGCACGUUAAUGGCGAAUAUUCACAACCUCAAUUUCUCGACAUGUCGAAUUCUGCCAUGGAAGUUGACGUAGGUCCUUCGAUGCCAGCCCGAGGGAACGGUUUCCGUGGACGAGGUUAUGUGGGCAGAGGGCGAGGCGGGGUAUUCGGUGGCGAGGUUCACAAUUUCCAGAGACCAGAGCGAAGGAAAGAUAAAACACUGGUUGUCGAAAAAAUACCAGCUGAUCAGCUUACCCUCGACCAAGUCAAUGGAUGGUUCAAGCAAUUCGGCACUGUGACAAAUGUUGCUGUUGAUGUCUCGGGAGGCAAGGCUCUCGUCAGCUUCUCCACUCAUGAAGAGGCACAUGCCGCUUGGAAGGCAGAGGAAGCUGUCUUCGGUAACCGAUUCGUGAAAGUGUUUUGGCAUCGACCGAUGGAGGGACAGGGACAGGUUGGAACACGCAUGUUGGCGGCGUCCGCUCACUUGGUUACGAAUACACCUCACAAACCACCCGCGCCGGCGCAAGCUCCCGCCACCCCUACACCAGUUGCUUCUACUUCCAGAAAAUCAUCUACCACCAGCGCACUGGCAGCCAAACAACAGCUGUUGGAGCGGCAAAUAGCAGAGCAAAAAUCCUUGAUGGCUUCGCUUGCCUCCGCGUCCGCAGAAGAAAAGAAGACGAUAAUGACUCGUCUGCGAAAACUAGGCGAGGAAAUGUCCUCGAAGCCCGCUGCCUCCCUUGCACCUCCCAAACCCCCGACCACCGCGCCCGAAGAUCUGGAGAAAGAACGACUCGAUAAGGAGCUCGAAGCGCUGAACUCUGGGCCACCAGGUACCAGCAGUGAGACAACGGAGGACCUUAAGGCCAAAUUAGAACAGCUCAAAGCUGAGGCAGCUAGUUUGGGCAUCUCAGAACAUGGCAACCACCCGCCUUCAUAUGGCGGCUAUAGGCCAUAUCGUGGUCGUGGCCGGGGAGCUCCAAGAAGCUACUACCGCGGUGCCAUCCGUGGCGGUGGUCCUCGUACGAAUCUCAAACUCGAUAAUAGGCCUAAAAAGUUGCUAGUCAAAGGUGUCACAGAGCGCGAUUUACAAGCAGUGCGUGACUGGUAUGAGACGACCGGGCAACUUGAAUCUGCCGAAAUAUCGGAAAGUGGUGAUGUUACUGUCAGUUUCCGAAGCCGAGCCGCUGCAGAACAGGGGCUGGCAAAGGGAACGAAGAUACCGACAAUACCAGAUCCCAUCCAGAUUUCUUGGUAUACGUUGCCCACGACGAAAGCCACAGCUCCUUCAUCAGAUCAAAAGGAUGAUGAGCGUGCACAUUCACCUGAGCCAAGCAGUCUGACAUCCCUUCAUCUUCCAGAAGAAGAGGAAGUCGUUGCCAGUGGAUGGGGUGGUGGCGACGAUGGCAUGGGCAUGCUGUAA